GAACCGUAAAUGUAAGAAAUAUAAAUAAGGUAAACAUAAGCAAGUGUUUAUAUUUAUUAAGUGAAUCAGCUAUUCAUAAGAGAAGUUUUCAUAACAUUAACAAGAACAUUAGUAAAAAUUAGAGAUGGGAACUAAUACUGAAAAUAACUCGAUUUAUCGCUUAAGAAUUGAAUUACUUUUGCAGUUUUUUUUUUAUUAGCCCAGAGCCUGUUAUAUGUGUACUCUAUAAAUUAAUUGAAAAAAAAGCAUAAACAUUUGGUUAUAGGUACCUAAGUAAAUGAAAUCCAGCGUGAAAAAAAAUCGAUAAUUGUCAUUAUCGUUAUUUUAGAAAGAAGAAGUAAUAAAUCACCCCCGCAUUAUUGGCUUCGAUUCGUUAGACAUACAAUACUGUAUUAUUUUGAUACAUUCUGUACGUUUAAUACAUUGAUCGGUUUGCAUCAAAUGCACUUGUGAUCAAUACAGUACCGAAUGUUGACUGUAUUGCGAUUGAAUCGAAUGUGACACAAAUUAAAGCUAAUGUAGUUACGCGGUAGGCCUGCUGGAUUAUGGAACUAGACUUAAUCCUCCUAUGAGAGUACAUCUCUUUUAAAAUGCACCUUAUAAUAUUUUCUGCAGUGCUAUUCGGUUAAAAAUACAGCGCGGUACUGUUCAGCGUUUUAUACCUAUUUCACAAGGUAAUAAGGUUUAAUUGACUGAACUUCUAAUGCUGCGAUGAUAUUUAUCUUUUUAAUACGUUAAAGUUAACAACGUUUAUCGAUAUAUGGUCAUCCUUAAUUCAGCAUAUAAAAGCAAAUUAAUGCCGAGUUAUAAGUAUGUAUUGUACAAAGCCGAACAAUGUAAGUAUCAAUAUAAAUCUGUAUUAUCUGAAGUCAUUUGAAUACUAUUUUUAUUAUUGAAAGUAUUAAGAAAAAAUAUAGGUCGGAUAAUUUUUGUGAUCCUGAUAACUUAGAAAACACCGUUUUGUUUGUAUAUUUAAACCUAAUAAAUAAAAUUCUCGUGUCACAAUUUUAGUGACUAUUUUUAUAUGGGAAAAACUUUAUAAAAAUCCUGUAAAAAAGACCCCAUAAAUAACUAAUCAAAUCCCAAAGAAAAUAAUAAAAUUGGUGGUUGAAGAAAGUAACGUUUUUAAUUAAAUUAAAUGUAUCAAAUAAAGUGCCAAAAGAAUAAACGCUUUAGUAUUAAUGUGUGGGCUUGUUUUUUUUUAUCACAACUUGACUAAAUUUUGGUGGACUAUUUUAAACUUCAUAUUCAAGUCAUUCAGUCACUAUUACGUUAAUUUUGUUACAAAAUCCCUACCGUGGAAUGGCGAACCCCUAGGGAUUCAUCCAAUCAACUCAUUGGGUACAAUACGGAGUCCGCGGGCUCAGCUAGUAUUUACUGAUAUGUAGCUGUUUUUCACAGGCGUUUCGAUAUUUUGUUUGUCGGUACACUGUUACCUGGCAAGACGUUAAGUUUCUGGGACCAAGGGACUACAACAAUAAAAAUAGUUGACACUGACAAAGAACCUCGGACGAGCUUCUUCAGAUGGCAGUAUUGUAUGGGGAAGUCAAUUUUCUUCUUCAUGGCUUUUUGGACUUGGGGUUACGACUGGGAAGGCUAUGACAAGGAUAGAAGACUUCGGAAUUUGGCUGGAAUAUCAAUAGAUAAGUUACCACUAUCGGUUGCUACUUUAUUGAACAGAAGAACGUUGAUUACAUCAGCCAACUAUUUAGAGCCUUGGUUGACAAGAGCGAAGGAUUUACGCAUAUGGGCCCUUGGUAGAGCAGGACAACAUCGCACGCCGUACCGCUAUCGAGUUUGGAGAGUAAGAAGGUUGUUACCGAAAAGUAAUAACCCUGAACACCAACACGGAUCUACCGGUGAACACAACCCGCGUCAUGACAUUACAAUCAUACACUCGUUCGAUCAGAUAUACUUAUAUGGAGUAACAGAACGUUAUUUAUACGCCAACAGAGGUUUUCUGCCUAAAAAGCAUGAUCUCGUUGAUGGAGAUAGAUUAUGGAUAGCAGGCUGCGGUUACCAAACUCUUAAACAUAUCCGCGAGAAUUUUGUAAUGAAACAAGCAACUGUCGUAAGAGACUUCAUAGUGGACUGUUCUAAGUAUCUACCUAAAUGGUGGGGAAAGUUUAUAUGCAUGAUAAACCCAUUUGUUUUUUCGGGUGUGCAAAAUGGGAUGGCACUCUUCGGAUCGAAGGGAUUUGAUGAUUAUGUGUACGGAAUAGGUUGCUUCGAGAUCCGUUACAACGAAGAGAGGAUAUUUGUAUUUACUGAUCUACGAUAUUACAUAGACUGGAUCCAUAUAUACGCGAAUAUCACUCCUGGUGACUAUUAUGAGUAUGCCUAUCCCAAAUGGAGUAUCCCCGGUGGGUUCUUUUACGAUGGCAGUGGUAAUCAACCCUACAUGCCCAGGUGGAAUAUAUGGUACGAUAUGUAUCCGCUAGGUAAAAGGCGUUUUGAAAUUUUUUUUGUGGGAGUAUUAUAUUUCGACAAGGCACUAAGUUUUUGGGAUCAAGGGACUACAACAAUAAAAUUUGAAGACACUGACAAAGAACCACGGACUAGCUUCUUCAAAUGGGAGCACUGUUUGGGGAAGUCCUUUUGGUUUUUUCUGCAAUGGUGGGCUUGGGGUUACGACUGGGAAGGUUACGACCAACAAAGAAGGCUUCGCAAUUUGGCUGGAAUAUCAAUAGAUAAGUUACCACUAUCGGUUGCUACUAUAUUGAACAGAAGAACGUUGAUUACAUCAGCCAACUAUUUAGAGCCUUGGUUGACAAGAGCUAAAGAUUUACGCGUAUGGGCGCUUGGCAGAGCAGGCACUUAUCGCACGCCAUACCGUUAUCGAGUUUGGAGAAUAAGAAGAUUGUUGCCGAAAAGUAACAACCCUGAACACCAGCAUGGACCGACUGGUGAACAUGUGCCACGUCAUGACAUUGCAAUCAUACACACGUUGGAUCAAAUAUACGUAUACGGAAUAACAGAACGAUAUAUGUACGCCAACAGAGGUUUUAUACCUAAAAAACAUGAUCUUGUUGAUGGGGACAGACUAUGGAUUGCAGGCUGCGGGUUCCAAAGCCUUAAACAUAUCCGCGAAAAUUUCGCAAUGAAACAAAAACCUGUUCUUAGAGAACAUAUAGUAGACUGUUCUAAGUAUUUACCCAAAUGGUGGGGAAAGUUUAUAUGCAUGGUUAAUGUGUAUCAUUUUCCCGGUGUACAAAACGGAAUGGCGCUCUUCGUAUCGAAGGGACAUGACGAUUUUGUGUUUGGGUUAGGCUGCUUCGAGAUCCGUUACAACGAAGAGAGAAUAUUUGUAUUUACUGAUCUACGAUAUUACAUAGACUGGAUCCACAUAUACGCGAAUAUCACUCCUGGUGACUAUUAUGAGUAUGCCUACCCCAAAUGGAGUAUCCCCGGUGGGUUCUUUUAUGAUGGCAAUGGUAAUCAACCUUACAUGCCCACGUGGAAUAUAUGGCACGAUAUGUAUCCACUAGGCAAAAAGUCGAGAGUGAGAUAUAGUAUUGGCGCCCCGAGAAAAGUGACACUUGAGUGUAGACAAAAUAUUUUCGAGUUCGUCAUGCUACGCAUGGUGGGUAGCUCAGUGGUCAGACCAGUCCUGGAUUGCGAUAGGUGGCUCGGGGUGCGAUGUCUGGCUACCUCCACGUGGUGCACCCUGGGCAACGUAGCCGCUCAAAGUAUCUUUGAGCCGCCACGGCUAAAGUCAGACGACGGGAGGGCGGCGGAGUUUUGUCUCCGCCACGCGAGAAGUCUCGCGGGUGUGGGCUCCGGGCCGGCGCCCCGACGAGGAGACAACCUCAAUAAAAAAACAACUAGCCCAAGCUGGACGUGGGCGAGGGGUUUGUGGCCGGCGGUUUCUAGCCGGUCGCGACACGUCCUCUGGAGGUGGGGAACAGGCGCCCCCCACCUUCACAACCCUAGCCUUACCCGGGUAAGUCGGCUCUGCCCGGUCCUUGGUGGUGGGCUUGACUCGGCCGGAAGUGAGCGAAGUGAUGCUGUGGAUGAUUCCCCGUACAGAGGGGAUGAGCCUUGCGCGGGCGGAAGCGCGCGGAGUGAGGAAAACGGCCCUUCUCAGGGCCAAGGUCCGGUGAGCUCACUUUUGAGCAAGCUGGGCUUAGCUAAAGACCCCUCCAAGGGUCAGCGCGGUGCUGGACGUGGUGGAGGCAGGGGCAAAUAUCCCUUGCCGGUUGUUGGGAAGAUUCCUGAAGGUGUCUCGGAGGAAAAGAGGGCUCAGAUCCCUCAUUCUAGCUCCAGAGACCCUUCGGUUGAGUCUGACAGACCAGCGCAAUCACAGACCAUGACUGACAGAAGUAAACGCCAUUCGCGUGCUUCUGUCAACAAACCAGAAGAGGACAUCGCGGGCUCAAGAGAGCGCUCUCGCUCACGCUCUCGAUCCCGUUCACCAAACAGGAGAACUACACGUUCACAAACGAGGGCGCAGUCGACUGCUAAGUCGCCUGCAUUGACUGAUUCGGAUGAGCAGGUGGGACACCUCCCCCCCUCGACCCCACUGACACUGAUAUCGGAUCCUACGGAGCAGGCGAGUAAAGGGGACACUUCUACCCCCCCAUUAAACAGAUCGCUGAGCACCUCAAUGGUCGCUCUUGAAGGCACAAAGAAGGUCAAACUGGUAUUUGAUAUCCCAGGCGCGACUUCCACAAUGUCGAGGGUUGCAUCCGCAACCUCUCUGAACAAGGACUUGUCACAGGCCCCAUUACAUAAGGACUCAUCCUCCUCACAACUGGGCUCGAAAUCCUCGCUCUUGGGCAAACGGGCACGAGAAGACUCGGACCAGGGCACCGAUAGUGAGGAUAGCGGUGGUAGUGUGGUCACCCUAACUGAGCACGCACAUAAGAAGCAGGCGAUCGAUGCUUCGCCGCCGGUGGUUCCAGACUUAUAUGAGUUGUUGCAUGGUUCGGAAGAGGAGGAGGAGGGGAUGGACUCUUUCUUCUGUCGCCCCUCGACAACACGAACGGCUAAGCCCCCGACUGAACAUCAUUCGGGGAUAUCGGCUGCCAAAAGGAAGCUUGUUACCCGCUCUGAUGACGAUUACUCGGACAGUGAGGGACUUGAUGAUGAUGAGAUACUUCCCACUGAAGUCGAGACCACGGGGUCCUCGGUGGUUGAGGUACACAGCAAGGCGAUGUCGUAUAUUGACAUCAAUGACGAGCAGCGCAUCAAGUCUAGGAACCUGAAGGGCACCGUCAAGAAGGCCCUCAAGGAAAGCACCAACUCUCUCAGAAAACUGCUGACUAAGAACUUGACGGUAUCAGCAGAAGAAGAGAUUAGGCAUCUGAGGUCCGAAAAUGUGCGUCUCGGCAGGGAGCUGGACCUUAUAAGGAAAGAGAUAGCCGGCUUAAAAAGGGAGGGCAAAGCGGGACAUCAUCCUAAACUCAGAAGGUGUCUCCAGAAAACAACGAGGGAAAAGACAACCAGUGUCUAA